AUGUCGCAGGAAGCGGAGAUACUCAAUCUGCUUCGCCUAGGGCGGCGCGAUGCCUUCGAGGCGCGGCUGCAGCAGUUUAGAAGGUUGCAGUCGAGGGCCGGCAAGGGCAAGCUCUGCAGGCUCAUCAACCACGUCGUGCACUCGGAUGGACAGUAUGCGACGGUGCUAAUCGAGGAUAUCUCCAACCUGCUCAACGACGCGGACACGCUCGUCAGGAUCGACGCGCUCGCCGCCUUCGCGUCGUCUGCGCACCUGUUCAUGUUCCACGUGCUGUUGGCUCGGGCCGUGCACCCUUCGAGCCAGACGGCCAGGGACGCCGUGGCUGAUCUUGCAUGUGCCCUCAGCCUGGUGCGGCGCGCCGCGGUGGACAUGGACGCGAGCGACUGCCGAGGGAAGAACGGACUCGCCAGCGUCGCUGACCUUGUGCAUUCCGGGACGCGUUCGCCUGUGGCAAAUGCCAUCAGGGUGGUCAUGAUGGAGCUUGCGAUCCUGGCCCAGCUCGGGGUCGCCCCGGGCAAGUCAGCAAGGCCGAGCCCCGGGCCGGCGACGUCGGAGGCCAAAGAGUCAGACGUGCCCCAACCCGAACUCCCCCAGGAAGCGGGAGCAACCCAUCGCAACUACGUAGAGGCCAAUGGCCGACCCAACCGCAGAUACGAUUCCGAUGACUGGCGGUGCAUCGUCCGCGACGAUGCGGAGCUCAUGGCGCAGAUAACCCCCUGGAGCGCAAGCGCGACCAGGUUGCUAGUGGGGUGCAUAUGCGCGGCGACUAGGUCAAACAAGCCCGGGACGCUUGAGCGCAGCCUGAUCGCAGCGGAGUCCAUAUCGACGCUGGUCUCCCACUACCCGCACCAGUACUUCCACGCCCUCGUGCCAGCCCUCAUCGCGACGCACACGCACCUGUUCAGGACGGUGGGGGCGUACGAAAGCAUGAUCCUCCGCGUCUUCACGAGCCAGGAGGCGCAGCCGUUCCACCCGCAGUUGGUGGCCAUGCUGAACGCGGCGGGAUACAAGUGCGAGCUGGCGGAAAUGUACAAGCGGGCGCACAUCACCGCCUCCGGUAACAAGUGCUACGCCGCUGACGCCGAGGCUGGCGUCAGGGAGGACGACGCCGUCAACUUCGUCGCCAUGAUCGCGGAGAGCGGCGACGCCGAGGCGCGGUUCCAACUGGCCACCAAGAAGCUCGAGAACAGGCUGGACGACGAGGUGCUGAAGGGCUACAAGGCGGCGCAAGUGUUCGAGUGCAGCGCGCUGGCUGUGAAGAACAUGACCACCGCGGACAACGUGUUCAACUGCGCCAACGCGCAGCUGAGGGUGGGCCCGCCUAUGCUCCCGGCCGAUGAGCCCGCGCUUGAGCUCGACUGCACGCCCAACCCCAAGUACACCAUGCCCGCGAGCGUCGCGCAGAUAAGGCCCACGCCGUGCGAAGCCAUACGCGAGCACCACAAGCUGUACAGCCUGCUGCUCGCCACGCAAAUGAUGGACACGGCGGUGUCGUACACGUGGCAUUUGAGGGCGGCUGUCGCUUUGGGCAACAGACGUGACCGCUUCGACUUCUUCAACCGCGCUCUACUCAACAGGCUGUUCAUGUCCGUGACGCUGCCCAAGGAGACGCAGCGUAACCUGCUCGACGCGCUUCUGGAUCACAUGGCCCAGAUGGUCAUGAUCAACUCCAAACUGGGGGGCCCGGUUCAGGAGAGGCAGGGCGGUCGUCAGAAGGCCGCGACCCUCGAGUCGUCGCUUGCCGAUGCCCGAAACAUGGGCGUCAAGGAGCUGAUGACGCACGUUGCUUCAUCGCACCAAUCCGCGCUGCUGGAGCAGCUGCUCGACUCCGUGAGCCAGCUGCUGCUCACCAAGGCCUGCAUCGAACUCGCCAAGGGUGUGGUUCGGGGCACCAAAGACGAGGUCAUCAGGGAGCUUAACGAGGCAAACUCAGGCGACGCGGCCGGGCAACCGACGGGUGGUGAGAUCCAGGAGUCAGCUGCCGCUGGGCGCCUGGGGUACGGGGAGCUGGUGGAGAUCGUCAUCUCCAAGCUGUACGUGCCGUGGAUACUGGAGGUGGUGGAGAUACGCGACGCUUACGUGCUUCAGAUCUGCAAGUUCCUGCUCAACAUGCCGUUCAUACCCUUAUCGCUCGUCAAUCAGAUUAGCGAGUGGCUGCUUGACCCCACCAGCAGGAGGCUCGCGUUUUCGCUCAUCUCGAACAUCCUCAAAAAAUCGCAGUGCACGGAUCUCAAGCAGCGCGUGCUAGAGCUCUUUUUGCGCAGCAUCGUCAGCGAAGACGGGGAGAUUAGGGGCCUCUUCCUGAAGCUCGUCUCCUCGCCCAAGGGGCUGUACCGCGUCAACGCCGAAGGCAGGCGCUACAGCGUCUUCGCGACGGAAGCCGCGCACGAUGCGCUGGUGGCGUGGGCGCGUUCUGGAGGCGGGUGCGCCAAGUGCGGCGUUGGGCCCUACCUUUCCAAGGAGGUCAUCGAGGAGUGCGACGAGCUGGCCGGUAGGCCCGUCUGGCAGUGGACCAAGGGUCUCAUCACCGAAAUUGCGGGCGCACACAAGUCAGCUGGCACGCUGACCAGUACUAAGUGCAAGGGCUGCGAGUGGCAGGAGCUGUACGACGAGGUCAACAAGGCGCCGGAGGUGGACACGCAGCUGGCGAUCGAGUGGUCGCUGCUGCCCUCGGUCUGGCUGGAGGAGCUCUUCGCGCUCAUGGCGAUGCCAGACGCCCUGAGGGCGCAUCCGUUCCUCGUGGACCUGAUCGGCGCUGUGGGUUUGGAGGAGCGCGACGUCGACACCAUGGAACCCGUCAUCGUCGCUGCCGGGAAGAACGCAGCGCUUGUGCCAUUCAUCUGCCAGAUCUCCGACAAGUUCGACGAGGACACGACGGCCAAGGCGGGGCGCAACUGCUGCGCGCACGUGGCGGAGAUCACGCGUGUCCUGAGGCACGAGCCGCAGAUGAACGCAUUCCUCGUCACGCUCCUGGGGGAGGUGCGCGCAAUGUGGCUCGACCCCAAGUACAACCUGGUGGAGUCGUGGCAGCGGGAAUCGUCGCCCACCAAGCGUCUGGUUGAGGUUGCGCUGGGCCACCUGGAGACGUGCGAGGAGUACGUGCUGCAGCUGACGCCGUUCCUAGGUGUCGAGCAGCUGGAGGCGGUCGUCACGCACCUGUUCACCAAGAGCACCGAGGAGAAGCUGCAGCGAUGCCUGUCGCUGCUGCUGGAGGUGCCUGCGACCUUCCGGAAGGAGCAGAAAGAGCUCAACCUCGCGCUGCCGCAGCACUUCAUGUACCACUGCUACGGCAUGAAGCCCAACAAGGAGCUGCUCAAACGGCAAACCGGCCUGCUGGAUCUCUGCGUGGAGUGCUGCGUGAACGGGCAGAUGAGCGUGGAGUCCGCGCUGUCUGCGUGCACGCUCAUCGUGGAGAGCCCCGAGGACGUGUCGUUCGUGUUCGGCAGGGUGCUCUGCCAGCUGGUGCAGAAGGUGCCGCAAACGCGCAGCGUGGUGGUGCAGGCCAUUCUGCCUGCGCUGUUCAAGCGCCGUGCGUGGGAGGACAAGAUGCUGUGGCGCGGAGUGGUGAUUUGCAUGACGUCGCUCUGGCCUGGCCACAAGGAGCAGCUGUGCCGGCUCAUCCUGCUGCUGCCGCAGCAGCAGGGCGAAGCCACCAUCAAGACGCUGCAAACUCAGCACAACAUCGUCGCCUUCAUGGAGUCAACGCUCCCGCAGCUGGACCAAACGGUGCACAUUCCGGCGUACAUCAAGACCAUGCUCUCGCUGUAG